CAGGAUGUCGCAGCUAAAAUUCUCUUCACGGCGAUCCCCAGUGGUUUGCACAAAUGGCUGUGUUGCAUCAAGCCAGCCUCUUGCAACAAGUGUUGGUCUCGAUAUUUUAAAGAGUGGUGGCAAUGCUGUCGACGCUGCCGUGGCUGUAGCGGCUGCUCUAAAUGUUACUGAACCAUGCAGUACUGGAAUAGGGGGAGACUGCUUCUGCUUGUACUAUGAUGCAAGCACAAAACAGGUGCAUGGUCUCAAUGGAAGCGGCCGGUCUCCACAGUCCUUAACGUUUGAGCUGCUGAAAGAACAUGGUUUCAAUGAAGCAAAUCCUCCACCUGUACAACAUGCAUAUAAUGUCACAGUACCUGGUGCAGCAGCUGGCUGGUGUGAUGCUAUUGCACUGUAUGGAAGUCAAAAGCUUUCUAUGAGGCAGAUUCUGCAACCAGCAAUAGAAAUGGCUGAGAAAGGUUUUCCAGUAUCAGAAAUUACUUCUUACCACUGGAAGAGUGGUGCUCAUACCCUUCAAACUCCUGGAAACCUACAUGGGAAAGACCUGCUGGUUGAUGGUGAAGCUCCUGAUCAUGGCCAGGUGUUCUGCAAUCCAUUUUUGGCAAAUACUUUUAAGGAGUUGGCAAAAUCUGGCAAAAAAGGUUUUUAUGAAGGCCGUGUGGCCAAAGCUGUUGUGGACAUAGUACAGAAUAAUGGAGGAGUAAUGAAUUUGGAAGACCUGAAAAGUCAUGUCACUGAAGAAGUCAAACCUAUUGCCACAAGUUAUAAGGGUGUGAAGAUUUGGGAAAUCCCCCCAAAUGGGCAAGGAAUCACAGCUCUACUAGCCAUAAACAUUUUAGAGAACUUCAAUGUGAAAGAAAUGGGUCAUAAUACUGCUCAGUAUUUACAUGUUCUAAUUGAAGCUUUCAAAAUCAGCUUUGCUGAUACUUUUUGGUUCUGUGCAGAUCCAGAAAAAGUAUCAGUACCUACAGAAAGGCUCCUUUUAAAAUCUUAUGCCAAUGAACGUUCAAAGCUAAUUAAUUUACAAAGAGCAACUGCCAAACAUAAUCAUGGAAAUCCUUUCCCAGUUGGAAGUGACACUGUUUACUUUACAGUGGUGGAUGCUCAAGGCAAUGCCUGCUCUUUCAUUAACAGCAACUAUAUGGGAUUUGGCACAGGGCUGGUACCAGAAGGCUGUGGAUUUACAUUACAAAACAGAGGAGCCAAUUUUUCACUACAGCCUGAUCAUCCAAACUGCCUAGCACCCAGGAAACGGCCAUAUCACACAAUUAUACCUGCUCUGGCUACAGCUGCAGAUUCAGGGAAGCUCCUGUGCUCCUUUGGAGUAAUGGGUGGAUUCAUGCAGCCUCAAGGACAUGUACAGGUACUACUGAACAUGUUGGAAUUUGGGAUGAAUCCCCAAGAGGCUUUGGAUGCUUCUCGUUUUUGUGUGGAAUAUAACAAAAAAGUAGAUGCUUGGGAUGUGUCCCUAGAAGAGGGCAUCUCUCAGGAUAUUGCAGAAGAAUUGGGAGCCAUGGGUCACACUGUCAUUUCACCUGUAACUGGGCAUAGCCGGAGCAUGUUUGGACAAGGUCAGAUCAUUACCAAAGGAGACUGGUGGAGGCAGAAAACUCUUUCUUCUAGCAAUGUGUUUUGGGCUGGGUCCGAUCCUCGAGCUGAUGGUUGUGCAUUGGGAUACUAGUGCUGAAGAAAGAACUGGCUGUGUAAUUUAAGUCACUAAAAAUUGAAUCCCAAGAUCAUGGUAUGCUAGAAAAAUGGAUCCAAAUCUAGUUAAAUCACACCUUGAUGAUACUGGUUAUCUUGCCUGAAUAAUUUCUGAGAUUCUGUGGUCCAAAGCUUAGUUUUUCCAAGCUCUGAAUACACCAUAUACUUAGCACACAGAAAUCUUGGUUUUAAUCUGAAGUAUCACUGCCUGUGACCUGGGAGAGCAAUUUAGUUAUCCAUCAGAUUAUAUGAGGAUUGGGCAAACUGCAGCUCUCCAGAUUUUUUGGGACUGCAGCUCACAUCUCCAUAGGCAACUUAGCCUAUUAUGAGGAAUUCUGGGAGAGGAGGGAUGUACAAUUCUCACCCGAGGACUAUGUUGGACUCAAUACACUGGACAGUGGUGUGGUAAAUCCACUCUGGAUUUUAUUCCACACUUCAAAGGAGCUAUCCAACAUUCUGGAUUUUUGGUGGGGGUGUUCAACACCUAUUUGAAAUCUGGAAUAAACCCGAGAGUGGAGUCACUGCAACAAUGAUAUGGAAGAUUCUAGCUACCCCUCUAAGCUAUGAAAUACCUGGGAUGAAUGAUCAAUGGCCACUUUCCAUUUCUGCUUACACAAGAGUGGUUAUAACUCUGCCAAUAUCUUGGACAAAAUGCCCAAAUACCCAAGUCAGUAAGGAGCAUAAGCAGAGAGUAAAUAUGGAAAGAUCUAAAAGCCAACAGGAAAAAGGGCAGUCCAUGCCAGUUAUUAAUAUUGACUUAUCACUUCUUCCCUAACUCUUCCCCCUCCCCCACCAGGAAUCCACUUUACAGCAUGAACAUUUACUGUGUGUAUUGAUUUUUGAGACAGUGUUGGUAUUAUCCUAACUAUUAUGCAGCACUGCAUUUUUAAGUUUUAAUUUUCUUUUCUAACUAGUGCUCAGUUGGGCAGAAAAGAAAUCUCUUUGUAUUAAUUGGUUCUCAUUUUUAAUAUAACACUUAAGAAAUGAAUGUUAUGGCAUGUUCUGGUAUGAUUUAUUAUUUAAUAAAGAGG